UUCUGACCGGAAAGAUUCCGUGUGUGGGUCGACGCUGGUCCAGGCAGCUCCCUUCAGCUCGGAGAACUGCAGACAAGAUGGCGGCGUUACGAGUCGUGGUGCUAUCGGGGAGUUGUAGGGGUCUCCUCAGCACGCCGAAAACUAUCAAGACCCCGAUGGCCAAGAUGUCCUUCGCCAGCCUUCCGCGGAACAAAAAGGUUGCCCUGACAACACUAGGUGUGGUCACCGCCGGUGGGGCAGGACUCGCUCUGAUGCUGCAGCAAGCUGUCAAGGCCUCUGACCUGGAGCUGCACCCACCAAACUACCCCUGGAGCCAUGGUGGAUUUCUGUCCUCUCUGGACCACGCUAGCGUUCGUCGUGGAUACCAGGUGUAUAAGCAGGUGUGCUCAGCCUGCCACAGUAUGGAGUACCUGGCCUUCCGAAAUCUGGUGGGAGUGUCACACACAGAGGCUGAGGUCAAAGUCCUUGCUGAGGAGAUUGAGGUUGUGGAUGGUCCUGAUGAGAAUGGUGAGAUGUUCACCCGGCCAGGCAAGCUGUCGGACUACUUCCCGAAGCCAUACCCCAAUGCUGAAGCAGCCCGGGCAGCCAACAACGGAGCCCUGCCUCCAGACCUCAGCUACAUUGUCAAUGCCAGACAUGGAGGAGAGGACUACGUGUUCAGCCUGUUGACGGGAUACUGCGAACCCCCAGCAGGAGUGACGGUGAGAGAGGGACUCUACUACAACCCAUACUUCCCCGGCCAGGCCAUCGGCAUGGCCCCGCCCAUCUACAACGAAAUUCUGGAGUAUGAUGACGGAACACCUGCCACCAUGAGCCAGGUUGCUAAAGACGUGUGUACUUUCUUGAGGUGGGCUGCCGAGCCAGAGCACGACCAACGCAAACGCAUGGGACUCAAGUUGAUUUUGGGCUCGGCCAUCAUCAUCCCUAUGCUCUACUACCUGAAGAGGCACAGGUGGUCCGUGCUGAAGAGCAGGAAGAUCGCCUAUAGGCCACCCAAGUAAACGGAAACAAACACACCCCUACCUGGGCUUAAAAAUCUACCAGAGAGCUGCGUUCAAUGACCCCACAACGCUCGCAAGCACCAUGAUCAUAUGGACACAGAACAACUGGCAGACACACAUGCCUUUCUGAGAGGGGGUAGAGAAAUAAAGGCGUAUUACAUGCACACCUUUAUGUUUAUUGAUACAGAAAAAUGCCUUUAUCCUAGUGGUUGGCAUGAUAGAAAUACGUUUGUGAGAUUUUUUCUAUAUCUGGAAUCUUAUAUGUGUCAGAGAGUUGUGGUGUCCUUGAAUGCAUCCUCAAAAUUUUUGUUCAUCUGCAUCGAGUCAUUGCUGGUAGCAGUUCACGUCGUGACAUCUCGUAUCAGACUCUGUCACAACUGACUGAUGAGCUGAUUGAUCGUCCAUCUUUGUAAGAUACUCAAUAACCACACAAGUGCUGAGAAAUGGUUGCCCUCAGAGUUUGUAACAUCCUGGGUGUGUGUAAAUCCAUCCUUCACUGUCCUCUCCACAUGCAGCCUCUGAACCUCGUUUAACUGUACAAAAUAAAUUAUCGUAAACUUU